AUGAAAGACGCUUCAAGCAAACAAAUGACGUUUUUGAACAUGAUCAGAGUCUCGAUAACGCUCCACGGAAGAGAAGAACCAAUCCUAGCUUACGUGGGAAGAAGCAUGGAUGACACAGAGAGUGGAGAAAUGACGAGAUUAGCCCAAGCAUUUCGAGCCAGGUGGGGACCUCUUAGACAUGAAGCCUGGAACAAUGAAUUCGCAAAACAUAGCAGCAAAAGACGACUGGUUGAAAGAACCUAUAAAAGAAGGAGAGCUACAAGGAAAUUCUGGAGGGCGUUGAAUCAAACGACAUUCACAAAGACGUCAAAUUGUCAAGGUGGUCCAGAAAAUUCCGUGUGGCCGACUUCUUCAUUGAAGAUGACAAGCUCAAACUGA